CGCUGAGCCAAUCCAGCCGAAACCAGAUGACCACCGGACCGCCCAAGAAGCGUGCGCGAACCUCGGGUGGUGGUGGUGGUGGUGGUGGUGGGUUGGGAAGCGAUAGCUCCACACCACCGCCAUCACCACCGUCGGCGCCGCUCGACGAGCUAGAAACGGUAGACGCGGAUGCGGAUGCAGACGAGGCCGAGCCACUGCUCGCGACCCCCGAGCGCACCGAGGCAGUGCAGAAAUACGAGGGCGGUCGCGAGGUGGACGCGGAAACGGGCACGUACACGAGCUCGAUCUAUGUCGACGCCUUUGUCCUCGCGCUGGAUACCGUGCUAGCCGAUGAAGCAUAUCUCUUCUCCGAGGACGAGCUGGAGGUCUUCGUCAAGUACCGGUCGUUGCCGUAUGCGGCGCAACAUCUAUAUGUGCGUUUGUUCCUGCGCAAGACGGAUGCGUGGUUCCGUAUCGGCAGGCUACAGUACCCGAAGGAUAUACCGGACGUGGGCGCUGCGUGUGCGCUCCUGCAGAGCAAGGACGUUGGGUUUGCGAAUGAUGAUGCGGAUAUUGCCCUCGAGGACGCGGCGGGACUGUUGCUCGUCGAAGAGCUGAAAGCCGUGACGAAGGAUGCCAAAUGCGCCGUCACCGGGUCGAACAAACCGCAGCUCAUUGCCGGGUUGAUGAAAGCGUCGAGAGAGCAGGCAGGGCUUCGCGCGAGAGGCGGGCAGCUGAAGCUGCAGUUCGACGGGAAGGGGAAUUAUGUCAACCGCGAGGAACACUUCGUGAAGAAGAUACUGGAGAGAACCGGUCCUUGCAUCCGUCUGUCGUCGGCGGUGACGGUCCUCUUCAACCGUGUGCACCUGGUCUUCUACCGGUCCACCGAGUGGACGGAGAAGUCGCUCACAACCGUCAUCCUAUCGCGCACGAUGAAGCGCAACUUCCCCCACUACAUCGUUUCGCGCACAUCCAACAUAUUCCCCACGCGCCAGGCCCUACUAGAUUUCGAAGCCUCAAUCAAACUGCAGUCCGAGGUAGACGAGAUCCUAGUAACCCCUGGUGCCCCAGGAGAAGAAGGUCUGCAGCGAGUCCAUGAAAUCUUCGAAGCUACAUAUCCGAUCUGGGAGCAACUUGUCGCGGCAGAGGCGGAGAGUACUCUCGCUGCCGAACACGACGAAGCCCUGGAGCGCGUGUACCUCCGUCGCUUCAACGCCGGGUGGGUAUACACGCGCAUCGCGCACAAAGGCGUGUACGUUCUUGGGCGGUUCAAGCUAUACGAGCGCGAGCACUCGGUGCUCAGCGCACUACUAUCGCAAAAGUUCUUUCAGCCCGCACGCCGGGGCGUCUGGUACCAGCGCAAAGCCCUGAUCGAAGAGAACUACAUGAGCGAUCUCGACGGCGACAGCAAAGCUCCCAAGGAAGCACGGAUCAAGAAGUGGCGGAAGGCGGCGCUUUCCACCUGCGAGGCCGGCCUGCAGGACCCCCAAACACACUUAAUCUUCCACUACGACUUGCAGAAACGCAUUUUGAAGCUGGAGCACAAGCUGCGCGUUCCCAAGCGUAUGCAGCAUGAUUUCGGCCAUGCAAGGCUACGCAAGCCGAGCGAUCGCACAAUCUUUGGCGAACGCCUCAACGAGCCGGAGCUCGGCCGGAAAACCCUGUGGCGCGAUCCCGAAGAUGGGUUGGCUGAGUGCAGCGUCGAGGAAAUGUGUCUCUCCGUCUACCGCUCCGAGGGGUGGAAGGGCUAUCACUGCGAGGGCGGCAUAGUGAGAACGCUCUUUGCCUACCUCUUCUACGACAUGUUAUUCCUAUACCUGCCCAACGUCUUCGAGACCGAGUUCCAGACGUGUCCGCUCGAUCUCUUCACCGACGCGUUCUAUCCCGUUCGAGCAUCGGAGAUCAACCACCGGCUGGCCGAGAUCGCGAACGGCGGUGCGCGGCGGAUAGUCAAAGAGGUGUGGGAGAACAAUCAAGAACGGCAGCCGUGCGUCGUCGGGCUGAAUUGGAGCUAUUCCAUCGAGGACCUGGAGGAGAUUGUUGAGUGCUUCCCGCCCGAUGCACUCGCCACCGUCUGCAAGGUGCUCUGUCAGGAGUAUCGACAGCGCGGCGGCGGCAUGCCGGAUCUGUUCCUGUGGAGAUAUGGAGAGGGCGAUGAUCCCGUGAAGGAGGUUUUGUUCUCCGAAGUCAAGUCGGAGAAUGAUCGGUUGAGUGAUACGCAGAGACUUUGGAUUCAUGUUUUGAGCAGUGCGGGGGUAGCGGUGGAGCUUUGCGCUGCGAGGUCCAAGAGGAAGAACGAAAGUCAGGCGGAUUAGCCCAUUUGACUAGCUAGUAAUCCGGAGGAACGAAUAUAAAUGGCUUAUGACUCCAAA